AAAGGCGUGAGUGAGAGAAACACACACACUUAUACUAUUCCACUACACAAACUAACUCCUGUUGACUCUGUGCCUUUCAUUCUGGAUAAAACACACCAAUAUACGGUGACCGUGCGUGCCAGGAAUGAGCAGAGCUGAAACAAUUGGGGCCAGCUGCAGGAGGAUGGGAGUAAUUCUCUCUUGAGAAGAGGAAAAGGAAGAGGGACAAAACUGAACAAUCACAUUUGCACGAGUGCUUCCUGUUUACCUGCAAAUACACGUUCUCGUGUUUAACAAACACUUUGUACCGGGCCCCAUACACACAAUCCAAUAUGCUGCAGCAAAUUCUCACAAAUAUGUACGUCGACCCGGACAUCCUGGAGGCUCUGAACGAGGAGCAGAAGAAGACGCUGUUCCUGAAGAUGAGAGAAGAGCAAGUUCGCCGCUGGAAGGAGAGAGAGGAGAAGGAGGAGAAGGAAGGCAGGAUGGAGAAGCCCAGGCCAAAGAAAUCCACUCUUAAGAAAGUGAGUUGGCUCCUGGGACGAGAUGGAGACGUGCAAGUGUGUGUUAUCGGUGAGACGGAUGAGUUCAAAUCGUCCAAACUCCUCCUGUCUGGACUCAGGGAAAAGCACGAGAACAACCUCAACACCUCCAACAGACCUCAGAUUACUGGUCAUCUCAAAAGCAGCCUGGACAACCGAGUAAUCCAGGAGGACCGCAGUACGCCUGGGGUAGAGCUACUGCUCAACAAAACGGAGAGGAUGAACCACUCCAAUACUCUUCCAGACAUCCAGCAACAAAACAGUCACUCCACAGAAGAGCUCAAGAACCAAAAGGAUGACUCUUCAAAUUUCAGAACACCAAAAUCAUACAGGGCGGAUAGCGAGGCAUCUGCAGUGACGAGACUGAACCAGAUGGGUUUGCAGAAAAGCGCCGUGGAGCAAGACGUACAGGAAAGAGGAGUGGUAAAAGAACAAGGACUCGGCUCUCAAUUCGGAAGUCGUGUGGCUCAGCUCAGGAUGAACUUUAACACACCGAACACUAAGGUCCCCUCACCGUUCACCAAACCACCCAUUCCCACCAAACCGGCUCAUCUGCUGACAACGGCCUCCAUCACAUAAAAAUCACACCCGGAAGAAACCAAACACUUCAGACAAACACCAGCUAUGGGUUCUCAAUAAUUUAACAUUAGCUGUAAAUAAACGUUGAUGCACAAAGCAGAGAAAAGGACUCCACUACACAUGGGACUUCCUUCAGCUUGGUGUACGGCUAUGAAGCAGACUAUGGUGUCGAAGAGGUAGAACUAAAACCUGAUCUACUGUAUAUGAUAUCAAAACCCUUUCACUCACUCCACUGCAGCAAGUCGAUACGCACAUCCUGGACUUUAGCAGUGCAUCAUCUUUUCUUUUCUUUUUAACAAGGUGUAAUAUCCACUGUAGGUCCUCUAAGCCCUUACUAUAUAUAUAUAUAUAUAUAUAUAUAUAUAUAUAUAUACAGUACCGUGCAAAAGUUUUAGGCACCUGCAAAGAAAAGCUGUAGAGCAAAGAUGCCUUCAAAAUGAUUCAAUUACAUGUUUCUACAUUUUUAAAAAAAAAAAAAAAAUACCAUAAACAGCAAUUAUUUUUUUCUCCUCUGAAAAGUGUCUCUUACAUAAUAUGCUGCCUUCUUUACUGACACACAAGCAUUUUUCUGAAACAUUUAAUUUUGUGCUAAAAACUAAUGUUUGGAAAUCUAAACUGUUUUUCGAUAAUGUAGAAGUCAUAAAAUAAAUAAAUAAAAUCUAUAACAAAGUUUGCACUAAACAAAAUAGGGUGCCUAAAACUUCUGCACAGUACUGUACAUACUCCAAUUUUAUCCAGUCAAUGAAGGCCAAAGAUGUUUCUAGAUGUUUUCUACUUAUGUUAUCGAAUGUGCUUUGUAAAUAUGAUAUUGUAUCAAAUAUGCAAAUAAAACUUGUUGGGUUUCAAAGUUGCACGUUUCGGUCUACAGGCGUCACAGCGGCGGGGAACAAAAAUACUUUCUGCUUUUAAAGCUGCAGUCCUUAAUGUUAAGAUGAUGCAGUUUUGCAAUGCAAGUGGAAAAAUAAGUAGCAUUUUUUUUUUUUUUUUUUACGCUUCUAUUGCCAAAAUUUCACUACAAUAUACAGUAUAUGUACUACUUUAGCAGCUCACAAUAUGUAUUUAAUUUGAUGGCUGUGGAUGUUCAUCCUUGAAUAGCCUCGGGACUGCCGUAGCUAAGAACAGUUUGCAUUCCAAGUCUCCAUCACUGAGCAGUUAAUAACUUCAGGUCGAUACAGUAGAUUUGAAGUUAAAACUACUGUGUAAUGAAUUCAGAAAUGACUCUGAUGUUCAGACUCAUAAGCUGCUCAUAAGUUCCUGUUAAGACAGUUUGCACUUUUGGACUAUAUAGUAUACCGUUAUAGAAGAGAAUUGUUUUAUAAUCGCACUAUCUGGUAUCACCAAGAUGAGGAUGGGUUCCCUUUUGAAUCUGGUUCCUCUCAAGGUUUCUUCCUCAUAUUGUUAUUGGGUGGCUGUGGCUCAGGUGGUAGAGUGGGUUGUCCAAUAAUCGUAGGGCUGGUGGUUCGAUUCCCAGCCCACAUGACUCCACAUGCCGAAGUGUCCUUGGGCAAGACGCUGAACCCCAAGUUGCUCCCGAUUGGCAAGUUAGCGCCUUGCAUGGUAGCUCUGCUACCAUUGGUGUGUGAGUGUGUGUGUGUGUGUGAAUGGGUGAAUGAGACACAGUGUAAAGUGCUUUGGAUAAAAGUGCAGACCAUUUACCAUUUGUUCUCUUCUUGAUGUAUUGCUUUGCUUGUAUUUCCUCAUUUGUAAGUUGCUUUGGAUAAACGCGUCUUCUAAAUGAAUAAAUGUAUGUAAAUGUC